GUCUGACGCUGCAGGAUGGAGCUCGCUGCUCUCCCAGCCCCCAGGCCGCAGCCGCCCCUCCCCGGGUCCCGGGCCCGGCCGGGCCCGCAGCGGCGGGCGGGGCGGGCACAGCGGCGCUCCGCAGGGCGCAGGCGCGGGCCGCGGCGGGGCCGCAGCGGCGCAGGCGCGGCGGGGCCGCGGGAUCCCGGCAGGCUCGAGGGCGGCGGGGCGCGGUGCGGGCCCAGCAUGUCGGAGAAAAAGCAGCCGGUGGACCUGGGGCUCCUGGAGGAGGACGACGAGUUUGAGGAGUUCCCGGCUGAAGACUGGACUGGUUUAGAUGAAGAUGAAGAUGCACAUGUCUGGGAAGACAACUGGGAUGAUGACAACGUAGAAGAUGAUUUCUCCAAUCAGUUAAGAGCUGAAUUAGAAAAACAUGGAUACAAGAUGGAAACAUCAUAGUUUUUGCAGAAUAUGGAGUGGUUUAACACUGAACUGUGGAUAGACUUUAUUGAGAAAAGAAGAAAAGACGGAAAAUGAGAAGACACAGUUCAUUAUCUGCUUGGAUUUAUUAUUGUUUUAUAUAAAAAAUAAAGUUUUUAAUCUUA